GGGAGAACAAAGGUAAAGGAAAUACAAGAAAGGUACAAUAAUGGAUGAACUGGACGAUGUUUCAGUAUCGACUCUGAAGGCUGCCAACAUUGAUGAGGCCUUGCUCCACACCCUCAGUCGUGAUGAUUUGAGAGACCUUUUUCCUGGGCCAGAACACUUUCUCAGGAGGAAACGAGUGUGGGCUCUUAUUAGCCCAGAGGAUGAGAAUCCCACCUUACCAGACCAAGCUGGCCAUAGUGAAACAAGAACUGUAUCUGCACUUAGAGGAACGCCUCCAAUCACCCCUCAGGAAUCCACUCCAUUGUGGAAGAACAGCCCAAAGAAGACCCUACAGCUUCCCAGUCCUCCAGAAUAUGUGGUUUAUACAGACAGUGAGUUGGAGCAAGCUCGUAAGCAUUUCUUUGAAAUGGCACGCACUGGCAGAGAGCAGGAAUGUGUCAUGUCCAAAGAGCUGAGAUGCAGGCUGGUGAGGAACACCGUCACCAGCAUGAUUUCCAUUUUGAGAGCAAGCCAGCAAGGAGAGGAGGUCCGCUACCCUCCCAAGCAUGAAGUCACAGCAAUGGCCAGAAGAAUAGUGGAGUAUUAUCCCAUGCUACAAGACAAAGACAAAACUAUGAAACAUCUGAGUAUUUACAAUAAUCUUCACAAGAGGCUGCAAAACAGAUGA